AAAAUGAGGACUGGUGGUGUUCAGUGUGUUCACAGUUCAGUGGCAUUGUUUCUAAUUUAAGCUACAUUUCACUGUGUUUUACAAGCCACCAUUUACCUGAAGUGGCACUGUAAAAUACCUUCCUAAAUAUCUGUGUUGCUUCGUUUGUGGCUACGUUUCACGUAAGAGUUUCUGUGCGUAUCGUUAGCUUCUUCAGAUACACGUUAAGAUCAUAGUAAAAUUACAUCAGGCAGUAAGAUUCUAGUCAAAUUUUGACCCUGGCUGCUACUGUAUUAUCUAUUUGUCUUUCAUCUGAUCACCACCCCACCCAAAGUGUAAUAUAACCAGUGACAAGACAAACACAAGGACGCAAUAGUACCAGGUUCAUUUAUUCAUGUAUCUCUUACAGCCAUGGAGUUUCUCCCUGUGCUUGACCCUCUAGAAAAGCCCAAGGAAGGAUUAUGGUAUUCUUUAAUACCCAGUGGAGAUGCUGCAGGUGUUAGUGUGGGUCACACCUGCACAUUUGUUCCAUCUGAAGAUGGAGGAAAAGGAAGAAUCCUUAUUGUUGGGGGAGCCAAUCCCAGUGGCAGUUUCUCACAUUCACACAUUAUAAAUCUAGAUAAUCAUGAAUGGGACACGGCAGAGUGGGAAGGUUUGGAGGCGCGGUAUGAACACUGCAGCUUUGUACCAGAGAGCUGCCCACAGAGUCUGUGGGUGUUUGGAGGGGCACAGCAGACUGGCAAUCGCAGCUGCAUCCAGAAUGUACAACUAACAGACAGUGAGCCUCGCUGGAAAAAUGUAGUGGCAAAUGGGAAACUCCCCAGUCCCAGGACAUACCACACCAACUCAGCCUGUCUGGAAGACAAACUAUAUGUCUUUUCUGGUGGCGAAGCAGGAGCUGCACCUGUCUCAGACCCCAAACUACAUGUCUUCAAUACAGUGUCUUCCACUUGGUCCCAACCAGAAACACAAGGCAGACAACCUCCAGCCAGACAUGGCCACAUUAUCGUAGCAGUGGGUUUAAAGAUCUAUAUUCAUGGAGGCAUGGCUGGAGAUAAAUUCCACAGUGACAUGUACUCUUUUGACUCAAGGAGCAUGAGGUGGGAGAAGGUGCAGGCCAAAGGAGAUAUCCCACCAGGAGUAGCAGCCCACUCAGCUGUAGUGCUGGGCAAAAACAUCUACAUAUUUGGAGGGAUGACUGCAGUUGGAGCCACCAACUCCAUGUACAGAUUUAACACUGACAAAAGUAGAUGGAUCCUAAUGAAAUUUGAAGGAGAUAUGCCACCUAAUCGACUUGACCACUCCAUGUGUGUGUUGCCAUGGAAGAUGUGUGGUGUGGGAAAUGGGGAUGAAGAGCAGGCCAACAGCACAGCAGCCUCUCAGACAAUAAAUCUGGCCUUCGUGUUUGGAGGGAUGGACACUCAGGGUGUCAUAUUUAAUGACUGUGUUGUGACUGUUGUAACAUGAAGAACUUUGAUAUUGUAAUAAAAUAUUGUUGAGUUCUA